AUGAUCCCGGGGAGUGAUGAGAACAGCCAAAAGCGCCGCCAUAAAAUUGCACGAUACUUGAAUCUGACUUCGGCGUUGGCUUGGCGUGAACUAUCCAUUCAACUACGGGCAAAGUAUCCUAGCGUCCACCAUCUCGUCGAUGGAGGGCUAAUGACAGAAAAUGAAUUCGAAGCGCUGGAAGAGGUUCAGGCGGUCUGCCCCUCGGUACGCUGGAUGACGCCAUUACAUUGGGUCCAGAUGAUCUUGCAAGAACAUAUUGCUGAGGAUCAAACUGGCAGUUCAAAUUAUAUGAAAGCUAUAAUGGGAGAAUUAAUGUCGUUUCGGCAGUCUUUCCGAGCGCUUUUCUGCUAUGAUUGGGUGUGCGUGCCGUUGGUUUAUACUCAGGUCGCCACCGUAGCCACCUAUUCCUUCUUUAUAUUCUCGCUAUUUGGACGUCAAUUCACUAGUGCGGGGGAUCACCUAAUUUUUCCAAUCUUCUUAAUCGUCGAAUUCCUAUUCUUUGUUGGUUGGUUAAAGGUUGGCCGAGAAUUAAUGCGACCAUUUGGGCAUGGUGACGAUGAUAUUGAACUUCACUGGAUUUUGGAUAGAAAUAUUGCCGUUUCCUUUGCGAUUGUACACAAUUUACAAGCCGCUGGAUUACCCAAAGGCGAUGAAGAGAACGACAUAUUUUGGCGAAAACGAGGCGAGAAAAUCGAGAUUCCUGCUACGGGGCAAAAUGACAAUAUCAAGCCACGCAGGCCGAAGCUGCAUACGUAUCUCAGGCGCGAAGUCUCGAGCCAAAUCCGCUCUAAAUACCCGAAGAUGCGAGACCUUGUCGAGGGCGGGUUGUUGACGGAAAAUGAGCUGAACGCACUGGAUGAUAUCCGGCAUUCCUGCCCGUCCGUUCGUUGGAUGGCUCCGUUGCAUUGGACCCAGAAGAUUUGCCAGGAGACGUUGGACGACGGCCCGGACAACACGAAAUUUGUGGGCGAUUUCCUAUCAAAACUUAACACGUAUCGACAAUCCUUCCGCAACUUAUUUUGUUAUGAUUGGGUGUGCGUACCGUUGGUUUAUACUCAGAUAGCCGUUCUGGCUACAUAUUCCUAUUUCUUCUUUUCGCUAUUCGGUCGUCAAUUUUCUGAUGAAGGGGCAGAAUUGACCUUCCCCUUAUUCUUGGUCAUCGAGUUCCUCUUCAUCGUCGGUUGGUUGAAGGUGGCUCACGAACUGAUGCGUCCAUUUGGGCAUGGGGAUGAUGAUAUUGAAUUGCACUGGAUUUUAGAUCGAAAUAUUGCCGUGUCGUUUGCGAUUGUGCACAAGCUGCAAAAUACGGAGAGGCCAAAGGGCGGUGACGAUGAUUUAUUCUGGAAAAAUCGCCACCUAAAAAUCGUGGUCCCAAAAACGGGCAAUAACGAAAAAGUGAAACCCGAACGCCCGAAGAUGCAUUCGUAUGUGAAAAUCCCGAAUGAUAAUUCGACUGCGGAUAGUGGCCCGGAGUUUGAUCCAUCCAGGGAGCGGGAAGAUCAUCCACAUCUUUACUGG